AUGGCUAGCUCAUCCCAACCGAGCUUCUCCGCCCAUCGCGACAAUCUCGCAGAAACCUUUCGAGCCACAGGUGACCGCGCGAGUAAGCACCCUGUAACGUAUAAAUGGAUUUCCAGUUUUCUAGCUAACCGCGCAGAUGAGCUGAUUAACUUGAAAGAUAUUGCAGCAUCAAGAAAACAUCCCGAUUGCUUCCUGGUCCGAUGCGACCGCAUCAUAACGGAAAUGAAGACACAGAGUUUAAUGUUCGGGAUAGGAGAGAACAUUUCGCCUAGCGCUCCAAGACUCAUGGAAAUGUAUGCUCUUGCUGUCGGAAGAUUGUCACUGAGUUAUAGUGGUCGCGACCAAUAUGCAGAAGAAAAAGACGAGGAGGCUAUGGAAAGAAAAUUCGAGAGACAACCACAACACGCAGAGAAUGCUGACAGACUCACAUCUGUUGUAUGCGAUUUGGACUCUUUGUGGCUGCGUCUCAACUGGCCCGUGGAUGGCUGCUACUGCUCGCAGUGUGAGAAGCGUAAACCUUUCAUGAAUUGA